GUAGGAGUUGGUUGGAUAUAAGAUGGGAGGAAUGGUGUCCGCGUAGUCAUUAAUUUUUUUUGGCAAAUGCUUAAAUUGGAAGUUAAUUUGACAAGUAACGUACAAAUAAAUGCAAUGCAUCAUCAUCAAAUAAUGAAAAGGAUAGAGAGAAACUGAUUCCGUAAUCAUCGUUCUCUGUCAUUCAUCACUAUCAUCCUCACUCACACAUUUAUUUAACGCACUUAUGCGUGUGCGUUUCACUAUAUAGUAUAUUAUAGUAAAACCGAUCUAAAUUUUCAAUUCCAAAACCGAAAAACCCUUUCCCUCAUUCUCCCGCCCUAAUCAAUGGAACUUCCAGUCAUAGAUCUGUCUUCAUACCUCUCCGCCGUUUCAACCGACCGGAACUCACAACAACUCCAAACUCUCUGCUCCGAUGUCAGCCGUAACCUAAGCGAAACAGGAGCACUACUGAUAAAGGAUCCACGAUGCACAGUCCAAGACAACGAUCGCUUCAUCGAUAUGAUGGAGAAGUACUUUUCCUCUCCACAUGAUUUCAAGAUCCUUCAAGAAAGACCUCAAUUGCAUUAUCAGGUUGGGGUUACGCCGGAGAGAGUCGAAGUUCCGAGAAGUUUAGUUGAUGAAGAAAUGCAAGAGAAAGUGAAAGAGAUGCCUGAAGAACAUAGACCUCAUACUCCUGUUGGUGCUGAUCUUAAAUGGAGAUAUUUCUGGAGAAUUGGUCCUCGUCCCUCUAACACUCGUUUUCAGGAACUCAAUGCGGAACCAGUAAUUCCUGAAGGUUUUCCGGAAUGGAAAGAAACCAUGGAUUCGUGGGGAUACAAAAUGAUUGCAGCAAUUGAAGUGGUUGCUGAAAUGGCGGCUAUUGGCUUUGGUCUUCCGAAGGAUGCAUUCACAUCUCUAAUGAAGCUGGGCCCACAUCUGUUAGCGCCAACGGGGAGUGACCUUGAAAAAUACAAUCAAGAAGGAACUGUUUUUGCAGGAUAUCACUAUGACCUUAACUUUCUAACGAUUCAUGGUAGAAGUAGAUUUCCUGGAUUGAACAUCUGGCUAAGAAAUGGACAGAAAGUGGCAGUGAAGGUUCCAGUAGGUUGUCUUCUUAUUCAAACAGGGAAGCAGAUAGAGUGGUUAACUGGAGGGGAAUGUAUAGCUGGAAUGCACGAAGUAGUUGCCACAAACAGGACCAUUGAUGCAAUCAAUUUAGCUAAAGAGCAAAACCGUAGUUUAUGGAGAGUCUCUUCAACGCUGUUUGCACAUAUAGCAUCAGACGCAGUUCUAAAACCCUUGGGACGUUUCGCUGAAUCACCACUGGCAAGCAAAUACCCGCCUUUAUGUGCAGGAGAAUAUGUUGAACAAGAGCUUGCUAUAAUCAAUCUCAAAGGCAAGAAGUGAGCAAUUUCAUGGUUGACAAAUGUAAUAAAAAGUCUAUACAUUCUUACUUCACCGGGUCACACAGCUUUUCUAGGUUUUCGGGUAAAAUCUAUUGGGGCAAGAAAUUGAAAAUUGUGGUUUCAUUUUUGUUCCAAGAAAAGGAAGCAAUUUGAGCUUCCAAUUGAACUCCAAUUUAUGUUAAUACAAAUCAAAUUUCUACA